CGAGACCUGCAAGUAAAGCACAUGAGAGAGCGCGACACACCACGCGUGUCUCUCACUCUCUCUACUCUGCACAGACUGCUUAAAAAGUUUACAUAUACACAAACGCACUCGCGCGCGCACACACGUAUUGGCACGCGCUAGUGUUGGUUAGUGGCUCUCCGCGCUGGACUGUAUAUAGUCUGCACUCUACUCCGUGUGUGCCGCAUAGUGCCGAGUGCGCCUCGCACGCAAUUCGCGCGCAGUCUCGCACACACACAUACACACUCACACAGAAGCGCCCGCGUUAAAGAGGGAGUCCAAUAGAGAAACACCUAAACAGCGGAUCGCGCACACAGACAGCAGCGGCAGCAGAGCAUUUGAAUGCAGCGGCGGCCUCGCCACUCGCACAGUCAGAGUUCGGCACUACUCGGCGUCAAGACCGGCCUGCAUCCUACGGACAGUAUCGUCCGGGCAGUGGCUCGCGCACCACACACACACACUAUAUAUAUCCAGCGGCACAUUUCGCUCCAACUGCAACGACAGGCCCAGCGACGACGUUCUGUUUUUUGUCGUUGCGCCACUACUACUACUACUACCGCAACAACAACGAGGCUUUUUAAUUAAGCUCUCGCAUUCGCAGACACUGCUGCAGCCGCAACUCUUUACUUGGAGGAUUAUUGAUGCUCUACUUUGGUGACCGCGACGACGAGUGACACGAGUGCAAAAACACACCACAGGUCUCCGCGAGUCUCUCACUGCAACACAGGGAGGAGAAAGGCAGUGCGAGGCGAAGAAGAGGAGGUGGGCGGGUGUGCGUACGUGCACGCGAGUCACGAUAGCACCUCUGGUGCCUACGGCCGUGGACCCCGGUAAAUCGGGCGCCAUGGCGGUCGCUACGACUUCCGCGCAGGGCGAGGCGCCUCACGCCCUCUCGUCGGUCGGUGGCGGCGCCGCCAGCAGCAUGAGCAUGAGCAGCAGCAUCAUCAACGACGCGCCCGAGCAGCAGUACUCCCUCAGAUGGAACGACUUCCCGGCCUCGAUGAUCUCCAACUUCAGGCACCUAAGGGACCACCUGGACUUUGUCGACGUCACCCUGGCCUGCUCCAAGAACACCAAUUACCUCGCGCACAAGGUCGUCCUCUCGGCCUGCAGUCCCUACUUCAGGUCCAUAUUAAAGGACGCGGCGCAGUGCACACACCCCGUCAUCAUCAUGCGAGACGUCCCGCACACGGACAUCGAGCAGCUCCUGUCCUUCAUGUAUCACGGCGAGGUGGCCGUCUCGCAGAAUCAGCUGCCGAGCUUUCUCAAGACCGCCGAGAUGCUACAGAUUCGCGGACUGACGGACUCGAAGGACGACAAGGACGAGAAACAGGACAAAGUCGACAUCCAGCCCAUCUUCAACAACACCGUAGGAAACACAAUGGACAACAACACAACCAAACGGAAUCACAUCGACAGCGUGGACAAAAGUCCGACGUCGAAACGUCGACGAAGCUAUACUCCAGAACUGACGGGUCUGACCUCGGAGCCGGUGUCGCGUCCGACCUCGGGCUCGGGCUCCGUAUCGAGAAUGGGCAAUAACGCGGAAUCGUUGCUCGGCCAGGCGCUAGAGGGUGGACCCACCAUACUGACCCCGUCGAAAAAGAAGCACAGACGACGACGCUCGACGGGCGGCAACGAGUCCGACGACGGCGCCAACAGCGACGCCGACGUCUCGCUCAACGACAGCCAAAUCAAAUCCGAGCCCAUCAACGACACCAUCAACGACACCUUCGAUCGAUCGCUGUUUCACGGUGCCUUCAUGAACCUCCAACAAGCCGCCUCGUACAUGCCCGGUCCAUCCGGAAUUCAAGACAGUCGCAUGGGGAGGUGGCAGCCCUCCGCUGACUGCGGCGAGGUUUCGGCAUCGUGCAGUGGCUCUGGCGGCUCCUGGCAGCAGCAGGCCACCACGGCGGGGGCCUCCGUCGUCAUCCAGCAGCAGCAACAGCAGCAGCAGUUGAACCAGCAGGCUCUCAACGUCCUCAGCAGCCUCAACCCUGAGCAGCUCAAUAGUCUGGUUCAGCAGAAACUGCAGCAGCAGCAGCAGCAGCAACAGCAGCAGCCAGCCGGACACGAUUUCAAUAUGAUGCUGCAAUCGUGCGCUAAAAAGAAGAUGGAAGAGCUCGCGUUGAUGCAACCCUACACGCAGCAGCAGCAGCAGCAACAGCAGCAGCUCAUGACGGACAUGCAGACCAAGCCCAAGUGCCCGGAGUGCGGCAAGAUAUACUCGAACAAUUCGAAUCUGAAGCAGCACAUCGUGAACGUGCACACGAUCCAGACCGAGUACGUGUCCUGCCACGUGUGCGGCAAGCAGUUCAAGACCAAGCAGUAUUUGCAGAUACACCUGCUGUCGAUGCACGGCAUCAGGAAGCGCAAAAGUUAUCCGGUCUAUCAGCCGAGCCUCGUGCAAGCUCAAGCUCUGCCCACGGUGGCUGCGGUCUAUCAGCAGCAAUCGACUUCUCAACAGCAGCAGCAGCAGCAGCAGCAGCUGCAGCAGCAUCAAGCUCUGCCCGAAAGGUGGAGCAGCUCCAGCGGCAGCGCCCUCGAGGACAAGCACCACUGAUACGGCUGAGCGAGCGCUGAUUUUCGCUCCCUCUCUCUCUCGCGAUUUUAGCUCGGCCAACUACUACUACUACCGCUACUACUGAUUAUAUACGAUAAAUUGCGCGCGUCUAUGUACACACUCGGAGAGAGAGAGUGACGUGCGUUUGUGUAGCAUAGCCUGUAUAUAUUACAUAUAGGAGUCGUCGUCGCCCGCCCACUGCGAAUAUAAGUAAAGUAUAAGCAGCGCAGGCAUCGGUCGCGACUGUGUCGCAUUAUACGAUUCAUAUAUUUGUGUGUGUAUAAGUGCAUGCAUGUGCCGUAUGUACGUACUGCGCGCCUAGCACUGCGCUGGCUGUGCGCGCCUGACUGUAUGCUGUGUGUCUAUAUAAGCGUGAUAUUAUAGAUGCGCGAAAGUGGCGCGCAGAGAGACAAGCGGAGUUAGACAGAGAGAGAGAGAGCAAACUCGCGCGUAUUGAUCUCUCUCUCUCUCUCUCUCUCUCUCUCUCUGUCGGGCGCGCAGUCACUCUAUGAUUCAACAAACAACGCCUUAAGACCUCCCCGCGCUCGCACCUACACGCACACACAAACGCCCACCGUGUGUUGGGCGAAGAAGACACCCCUUCCUUUUCCAUCGGCAGUGGCAGCAGCACACUGCUCUCUCUGUACUACUACUACUACUACUACUACUACUACUGCUACUCGACGCUCCGCGCGACUGAUAACUCUGUAAAGUUCGCUAUCGUACUUUUUCUUCGGUCUCUUCUCUCAUUCUUUUCCUCCUUUCUCAUCUCUCUCUCUCUCUCUCUCUCUGUCUCUCGCUCACUCAAUAUCAGUUCUCUCUCAGCUUCCCCACCACCAGCCUCUAACAAUUUACCGGAAGAGAGAAUAAGAUUUCGCGCCCCCUCUCGAACCGUACGUACUACUCCUCUUUGCUGCUGCUGCUGCUCGGAGAUUUCUCUCCGCAUGCCACGCACCAUCGUAUCCGUGUGUGUGUGUGUUGUACGUGCUCGCGCCCCUCCCCCUCUCUCUAUGUGCUACCGCCGCCGCCGCCGUCGCGCACACACGGAAUUCACUGUGUGCUGUGCGCUCUAACCGAAGAUUAUUUCACCACACACACAUGCACGACUAUAUAUGUACAGCAGCAUAUUCGCAUACACACACAUAGACGAGCGAUCGUUGUGUUCCCUACUACUAUACUACUAGUGAUGCUGAUACCGCUUGUAAGGCAUCCGCCCCUUGGUAGAUUGCGCUCAUCGCGCGAAUUCAGCAGCCCCCUUCGUGCGCGCGCCCGUGUGCGAUUCUCGACCGAAAAGCCAGUUACUUUUUUUUUUACUUUACUUUAACUUUGCUUCUCUUUGCCUGGCCUUUUAACUUUGCCAAGGGAUACGAUCUAACGCGCGUUAAAAUUGCCUCUUCUUCUUUUUUUUUCAAUACUUUGAGUACGACCAGAUCCGGCGAAUAAAAAAAAAGAGUUGGAAAAAGUGACUUUAUUCGUUUUCAACGAAAUCAGUAAAUAUAUGUGUAUAUGCAGCUGAAAUUCGCAACGACAGAUAAGACAGUAAAAGGCUCGAAUGCGAGACAACCGGCCGACGUAUAGAGGACGGCGUGACAAAAGCAAUAGCUUAUAAAUAGUUGCUCAGCUGGUACUCGCACGCGCACGGUAUACGACGCGUGUGUGCAGUAUUGUAUGCACCGCACACACACACACACACACACACGCCUACGAGAGAGCGCCUAGUUCGAGCCCACGAGCUCUGUAGUUCGAACUGCGUAAACAGGGCCCUGUGCACGACGACGAGCUUACGUUAUAGCCACACGCACACAACCGCUGUCCGAGCAACGAGCAAACAUACAGCCCGGAAUCUCUUGGAGCGAGGAUUAAUCACGUCUGGCUGCGCGUAAAUACCGCCCGACUGCCAUUGUGUGUGUGUGCGCGUGUGUGUCCCGUUUGUCGCGCGUCGAUAAAUCCCCGGAAAAUUUCCGCGUCUUUUUUGGAAAAAAAAGAACGCGACGAAACAAUAAUAAAAAUCAACGAGCUCGGGGACGAGGAGAAUAAUGAUCAUGCUAAAUCCGUGUAAAUCGGUAGCGCGCGGGGCGAUUACGCUCUGCCUUCGUGUAAAUGUUUCUGAGCACGAGUCGAGCAUCAGCGCGGUAGUAAAAAAAAACGCGAUCAAAAGGAUCGGAAAAAUACUUGAGCAGGUGACGCGCCGAACAGAUUUUUAUUGUACCAUACCGAGUCAUUUUUUUUUUUCCAGCGAAUUUCGAUGUAAUUUAUUCUUCUCGUUGUACGACUCUUAAAUUGUAAACGUUCGGCGCACGCAUGGGGCUUGCGAUGACUUUUCGUCCGUCUCUGGAUAGCCCUGCGCGCGAGGUAAGGCGAUUCUCCCGGCGUCCAUUAUAACCCACACAGAGAGCAGAGGGUCGAAAGUCAGAGAGAGAGAGGAGAGAUGGAGACUCGUCGAGAUUUUCUCUUUUGCGGGUGACACACGGAAAUAAGAUCAGUUCGCUCGUGGAUGAAAGGGGUCGUUGGCUCCUUACGCCGUCCUCGGCCCCUCUCUUAUACUAUCUGCUAGCUCGGGUGGGCUGGUGCGCGCGCGAACGAGAGAGAGAGAGAAAAUAAGCCUCUUUCGCAUUUGAGAAUACGUAAUAUUCUUCUGUGGAAAUUUCACUUGAACUCUUGCGAGUCCAGUCGCAGAGACGCGCAACCCCACGACUCGCUCGUCCGUCUUUUUUCUCCAUUUUGCACAGUGCCACCAACGCAGGAGCGAGCUUUCGCACUUACGAUUCGAUUCGUUUCUCCCUUUUUUUUAUUUUUUUUUUACUUUAUUUCGCCUCUGCACCGCUGCGUACGUUGUACAUAUCGAGAAUUUCGACACAUGUGCGCAGCCAGCCACCCUUGCCUCCUUUGCCUCCGGCAGAAGGAAAUAAGAGAAAAUAUGUUUGAUAUUGAUUCGGAUGAGUUUUGCUCUCCCUCUCUGUCUCUCGUAUCUAUCCUUCACUUUCUCUUUCGCAAUACGUUUCAUACAUAAUUUUUGCUCGUGCUUCUUUUUUACCCUACGUACCUAUAUACCGCAUCUUUUUGUAAGCUGCGAUGUAUUUCACGUUUCGAGUUGAAAUAUCGAGAAGCACCAGACGCGAUCGCCGCCUCGCAUGUGUACGCGCGCGCGCCUAUCUACCCCCUUUUGCGAAGUGCUACUACUACACCCGCAAACGAGUCGGGCAUAUUUUAAGAAGGGUUCGAAGGCCCACCCUGAGCUAACGAUUAUUUGCAUAUUUAUCACGAUAUGAUUUAUGUGCUCUCUCUCGCUGCUGCUGCUGUUGCUGCUGCUGAAUUCGGCCAACAAUUUUUUAGCUCGCUUUUAAUCGAAAAAAAAGGCAGACAAGAAAAAUACGUAUAAACGAUAGCUUCUUUGGCGGAGAAAGAUAAUAAUAAUCGAGCUUAUUGGGCCGUGAAGGCCGCGAGCACAAACUUUAUACUGCAGCAACGCGCAGAGCUACAAUCGAGCUUGGAUUUUUUGCUUUUUUUCUCUCUUUCUCUGAAAGUACAGUCUAUAUUUUUUAAGACUCAAUUAUACUUUCGAUCUGUACGACGCUCUCGAAUCUCCCUAUUGGCUUUAAUCAAUGCUUGCUGCACGCACAAGUUCACAGCGAUCGAAUCCAAGUGGUUGGCGAAUUUCAGACUUUCCGAUUAAUUGAAAGGACGCAUCUGUCAUAAUGGGAAAUCGUUGUAUGCAUUGUGUAGGCUAUAGAAACAAAAAGACGAGCGCAUAAUAUCUUCGAUUAGAGCUGAAAACGCACACAUAUAAAUCUCAGUUCGAGACCGUCAUAAAUAAAUAUCAAGCCAAAGAGAUCGCGUGACGAAUGCGUGAAAAAAAAGCUCGUGUCUCGAGUCGUGCAUAUACGGGUGCGUACCACCAGACACGUACGUAGACGUGCAAAAGAAGCAAAAAAAAAAGGAAAAAAAAAAACUAGAAAAAAAGGGAGCGAAAGGCGAUUGUAAAAGGGGGUUGGUUGGCAAAGCACUAAGGCAAGUCUCGGCUCUUGGUGGAAAUGGGCGAGGCGGCGGCGGCAGCGGCGUUGGCGGUGGCGGUGUGAGGCGUCGGCGGCGGUGUGAGGCGUCGGCGGCGGGCGCGCGCUCUGGAGAUUCGCAGGAAUGAUAGUCAUAUAACGAAGAGAAAGAAGGAGCGAGCGCGUGUGCGAGGCCGAUGGAUCAAUACCCGUUGCGCUGCUUAGAUACCUUCCUUCAUUGCUCGAUGGGCAAAGAGAUGGGAAAGGAUGAGAAAGAGAGAGAGAAUGAGAGGGAAAGAGACAGAUACACCAUAGAUAGACGAAAAGAGAGAAAGAGUAGGAUUUCUUCCGGUAUGAACGCACAUAGACACGCACACACGCGUGCGGAACGGUGCUGUUGUCCCCCCGUGGAGAAUUUAACCAAUGACUUACGCACCACCACCACCACCACCACAAUUACACACAAACGUUAAAUACACACAUAUACGUGUAUAUCCUGCAAUCGGGCACGCCCUGCUACGAGAGCGAUACGAGAGUGUGAUAUAGUUUCAAAUUAAGCAAAGACCAAAAAAAUAAAGUAGUGAAAACAAAAAAAAUCGGCUGAAAAAAAGUUAAAAACGAUUUAUAUGCAUGCCUGAGUAGCCAGUUGAAUUGUCUGCGCGCGAGCAAUGGCGGGAGAGAUGCUGCACGCGCGUUGUUUGCAGAAAAAUAAAAAAAAAAUAAAUAAAAAAAAUAAAAAAGUAAAAAAAAAAGCUGCAGGGCUCUGACGACGAUGAUCGCGAAGCGAAAAAUGUCUCCUUGCAAAAAAAA